AUGCAGGACUGGGACGCGGAUGCCGUUCUCCGAAGCUAUCAGACCCGAGAUUACAUCGGUGUGGCCAUCACUGCAUUCUGGUUUUAUGACUACAUGAUUGAGCUCAAUGCUGAAUGUACGUUUAUGAGACAUGCAAGAUUAAGAAAGACCAAAGUGAUCUACCUCUUGACGCGGCUGCUUCCAUUUGCCGCUCGUGCCGCAAGGUUCAAGUAUGACCUAUCUGUUUCUCCAACGUUGACUGAGUGCAAGAGGCUAUCCAACGCGAUGACUGGCCUCACCACCUUAAUUGUGUUUCUUGCAGAAGUCCUUUUCGCUUUGAGAACGUACGCCCUGUGGAGACGGAGCCGAGCUGUCCUCAUUCUUUUAAUAGUCUCGUUCGUGGUGGCCACCAUUGGUUCGGUCGCGGCCUGGUACAUCCCUGUUGGUGCAAAGACCACGAUAAUAUCCCUCCCCCGUUCGAGCGUCACCGGAUGCGCCAUUGUAACUUCAAGGGUCUCCUUAGCUUUGACAUACUCGUUCUUGAUUGCACUUGAAAUGGAACUUAUCACUCUGAAUGCCAUGAGAGGUAUCCGAGUCAGACGCGAAACACGGGCUCGGCUCAUCGAAGUUCUGGUCAGGCAUAACGUAUUAUACUACGUGUGUGGCUUGGUUUUUACGAUCACCAACGUGAUCAUGGGCGUCGUGGAAAAUUACGGGGACGUUGAGAUAUUCCAAGACUUGCAGAUCUACAUCCAUGCCAUCCUGUCUACCCGUAUGCAUCGAAUGCUAUGGUUCAACAGCGAACACGACUCCGAUGGGCUGGAUGUCACAACUGCCACGGCAGAGCCUCAGUGA